AUGAAGUAUGAAGACACGGCCAUAAGCCUCCAUCUCCGCCGGCCACAGUAUUCAAUUGCUUCCUCUCAAUUGAUGAAGAAAUAAGGAAGGGGAAAGAAGACCAAUAAAGCUAGCGAAGAUCCGCAAACGCCGAUUCUCUCGAUUUCGAUUUCGGAUUUAGGGUUUCGGAUUCUAACGCCAUUCUGUCUAACCUCGGCUAAGGUUGUGUUAAGCAGCAAGAAGAUUAAUUGAGCAAGUAAGAGGAGAAAGGGGAAGAAAUGGGAAGCUUCAUAUACCACAUGUUCACCUCCUCAGGAGUCUUCACUCUGGGUCUCUACCACCUCAUCUCCGCCACCCGGACCCACCUCAAGUCCCCACGCGAAUACUCAGCCAAACCCUUGCACCACCUUUCCAACUUCCCCUUGUCGUUCCCCCGCCUUCGCCGCCUCCCCCUCUACCUCACCAUCCUCUCCCUCUUCAUUGCCUCUGCCCACCAAGCAAUCGUCUCCUUUGAUUCAGACCCCCUCCUCAAGGGCCACACCCCUGUCCACAGAUUCUCCUCCCUCCAGUCUGCCGCCAUCCUUCUUUGCUUUCUUCUCCUCUCCCUCUUCCCUCUCCUCGUCUCCGAACCCCAUGAUGACAUCUUCUUUGCCCUCGCCUCUGCUCUCUUCUAUCUCUGCUUCUAUUCGUCAUCCUCCUCCUCCUCCUACCAAACUUCUGACCUGCAGGCCGAAUGCGAUUCUGUUUCUGCCCGCGUUUUUGCCCUCUCCUCCAUCCUCUCCCUCGUCAUUGCCUGCAAUCCCAGGCUCUUUGUGGCUGAACUUCUCCUUGCUGCUUCCAUUUGCCUUCAGGGCCUCUGGAUAUUCCAAACUGGUCUCUCCCUGUAUGUUGACGCCUUUAUCCCGGAAGGCUGCCACAAGCUGUUGGAUGUCGUCAGCGGUGUGGAGGGCUCUACCAAGUGUGAGUUGGAGGACUCCAAGCUCAGGGCUGUUGCACUCCUUGAUUUUGUCUUUGUCAUUCACGUCUUUCUGGUGCUGCUCAUUGUGAUGAUCGUUUACGCCAUUUCUGCUGGCACAAUAGGAAGGCGUCUUGGCUCCUAUGAGGCCUUACCUACUUCUGCAAACCCCGUCGCUCCGAAUCACAUUCAGAUGAAGGCCUUAACUGGAACGCAGGCUUAAUUCAGACUGAUUUACUUGUUGUACUCUUAAUUUUUGUUUUUUUAAUAUCAAAACAGAAAUAGGCACCCAGCUGUUGCUACUGCAUUCUUAGUAGACAGAGUACUUAUGAUGGAUGAUGUUUUUAUUUUCACAUCCCCUAAGCCUUCUAUUUCAUCUCCAUCUUUGUUCAUCUGCAGUCAAAUCCGUAUUACAGAUAUAUGAAGCCCUGAUAUAUUUGGGUAAAAUGUCAUAUCAGGAUGAUAACUCGACUGUCCAACCUCAUUGCCACUAGAUGUAUGAGAUACUGUGUUUUAUAUUCUGUUGAAGUGCAAUCUUUAGGGAUUUCACCUGAUUUUGUUUUAAAUUUUCAUGAAGAUAGAGCUAUGCAUGCUUAAUGUUUUCAAACCUUUCUCUGCUCGCCUUGGUACUUUAUGUAAAGCAUAUAUUCGAGUAUCAUUUGUGCAUGUCAAUAAGACUAGAUUUCAAAUUAUGUCGUCAAACUGGUAGAAAUUGCCCACCAAAUGUUAGCUGAACUCCAAGCAGUCAUUUGUCGCCUUCACCACUUUUGAAAGAGUUGCACACAUGAUUGGUCUUGCACUCUAACCAACCGCAGACCGACAACACACUAUCGUUGUGGUUGACGAGAUCACUUUUCCUGUAGGGCUUCACAUUAAGAGAAAGACGAAUAGAACUAAUUGAUACUUGUUGGGCUUCACAUUAAGAGUGGCACCUUGACCAGAGUGCCAUGUCCUGCCAAAGUACCAUGUCCCGAGCCCGGAGAGCAUAUGGACCAGAGCAAUGGACAGACUCCGAGCCCGACUAAAGAGCUGGAGAAAGUGAUUAUUGAGACCACUUCAUGACCCAUGUAAUAGCCCAAUAGGGUUUGCCAAACCCUAUUGGCCUUGGUAUAAAUCGAAUGAGUAAUAUAUUUUUGAUGAUGCCUUUGUAACACCAAAUAAUGUAUCAGUAAAGCACAUUUUGGCUU